GUUGUGCAUCGGCUUUGGUAUAAAUCUUGCGCGCGCCCGGUUCAACCGUAGGCAAGUAGAAUUCAAAGUUCCAGCAAAGGACACACAUUACAAACAAAUUAAAUCAAAAUGAGGGAAAUCGUACACAUUCAGGCUGGACAGUGUGGAAACCAGAUUGGUGCUAAAUUCUGGGAAGUCAUCUCAGACGAACACGGAAUCGACCCCACAGGAACAUACCAUGGUGAUUCAGAUCUGCAAUUAGAAAGAAUAAAUGUAUACUACAAUGAAGCCACAGGAGGCAAAUAUGUACCACGUGCAAUUUUGGUCGAUCUUGAGCCAGGAACUAUGGACUCUGUCAGAUCUGGUCCAUUUGGACAAAUUUUUAGGCCAGACAAUUUUGUGUUCGGACAAUCAGGUGCAGGCAACAACUGGGCUAAGGGACAUUAUACAGAAGGUGCCGAAUUAGUAGAUUCAGUAUUAGAUGUUGUGAGGAAAGAAGCUGAGAGUUGUGACUGUCUUCAGGGAUUCCAACUUACACAUUCUUUGGGAGGUGGAACUGGAUCCGGUAUGGGAACCCUCUUGAUCUCCAAAAUCAGAGAAGAAUACCCAGACAGAAUCAUGAACACCUUUUCAGUUGUACCAUCACCCAAAGUAUCAGACACUGUUGUAGAACCAUACAAUGCCACCCUCUCUGUCCAUCAGCUGGUAGAAAACACUGAUGAAACAUACUGUAUUGACAAUGAAGCUCUUUACGAUAUCUGCUUCCGUACUUUGAAACUCACCACUCCAACAUAUGGCGACUUAAACCAUCUCGUCUCUGCCACUAUGUCUGGAGUUACUACCUGCCUCAGAUUCCCAGGUCAAUUGAAUGCUGAUCUCCGUAAAUUGGCUGUCAACAUGGUACCAUUCCCACGUCUUCACUUCUUCAUGCCAGGAUUUGCCCCAUUGACAUCCCGUGGAAGCCAGCAGUACAGAGCCUUGACUGUACCAGAACUUACCCAGCAGAUGUUUGAUGCCAAGAACAUGAUGGCUGCUUGUGAUCCACGUCACGGCAGAUAUCUCACAGUUGCUGCCAUGUUCCGUGGUCGUAUGUCAAUGAAGGAAGUAGAUGAACAGAUGUUGAACGUACAGAACAAGAACAGCAGCUACUUUGUUGAAUGGAUCCCCAACAAUGUCAAGACAGCUGUCUGUGACAUUCCACCAAGAGGUCUGAAAAUGUCUGCUACAUUUAUUGGCAACAGCACAGCCAUCCAAGAAUUAUUCAAACGUAUAUCAGAACAGUUCACUGCUAUGUUCAGACGAAAGGCUUUCUUGCAUUGGUACACUGGUGAAGGUAUGGAUGAAAUGGAAUUCACAGAAGCUGAAUCCAACAUGAAUGACUUGGUCUCAGAAUACCAACAGUACCAGGAUGCCACUGCUGAGGAAGAAGGUGAAUUUGAAGAGGAGGAAGGAGAAGGAGAAGAAGCUUAAAAAGUGACAAUCUCUUGACUACAAUUAUAUUCUUGUUAAUUUAUUUUGUUAUUGGACCUACCACAGUAAAGUUCUACGGGUUAAAAAUACUCAAAAAAGCAUAGCUAUGGACAGUAUUAGAAUGUUUACAGAAAUCCAACAUUGUAAGACCAAAUAAAAGUAAUGACCACAAACUAAA